CUUUCCUACAUUCAACAUCGGUGGCCAUGGCAUCUGCUCAAGACCGCGUCCUGUCCACUCCGGAACUCCUCGAGCACAUCCUAGCUCAACUCCCCACCCGCGACCUGCUCUUCGCCCAACGCCUCUCACGCCACUUCCGAAAAGCAAUAACAUUGUCUCCAAGUCUCCAACAAUUGCUCUUCUUCCAUGCUUCCCCUUUUAAGGAGGACCGCCAAUGGACUCUCAAUCCUCUCCUGCGGGAAGUUUUGGUACCAUGGUUCGUCCGUCCCAGCAACCGCUGGGCGAUGCCGACCUACGAGAGCAUUGAACUGCUGGACGGACUAGACGAUGAAUCCGGAAGGCAAGCAUUCCUGCGGCCCGAAGCCAGCUGGCGAAGAAUGCUCCUCAUCCAGCCGCCGCCCACUUCACUCUCGGUUGUGAAGUUCUGCCAUGCGAUGAUGGGAGACUUCUGCAAUGAAGCUAAAGUCCCUUUCAAGGGCUCCAAAUCCGGUGGCGUGACCAUGGGCGUCAUCUACGACAUCACGGAGUCUUUUCUUCGCCAUGAGAGGGUUGCAUCGUUCGGUCUGUCGAUUCUUGACUUGGAAGAGGGGCCGCAGAUCACGCUGUAUUUGACGUACACCGUGCAGUGUUGCAUUGACACUGAUUUGCGGAAAUGGAGCCUACGAUCCGAAGCGGCGGAGAUACAGGAGCAGCAUUUGGAGUAUAAGGAGAGGGAAGAGAGUGCAGAGAGGAAAAGGUUCGAUAGGACUUGGACGAGCGAUUUAACAGUUGAAAAGGGUGGUGUUGAUUCCGUCGAGUUUGAGCGGUGGCAGAGGGAUCGGGCGCCGAUUUCUUCAUUGCUUUCGGAUGUAAGGUGAUUUCCUAGCCCGCAAUCGUCUUCCAGUUAAGGACGGGGUGGUGCACUCUCCUUUCUACAAGUCUUAUGGGUGUUCAUCUGCUUCAGCGUAACUCCCACUUUGUCAAUCUUUCGAGGAUUUAUUCAAGCCCGUGGGGGUUCCCCAACUUCAACACUCACGCGGAUCUGCAAGAGUUAGUGUCAGAGAGAGCUUCCAGAGCGUAUGUUAAAUUGGGCACGGCGCAACACUGUCUGUCGCUCAGGCGGGCCUGAGAUCUUCCUCGGGGCACAAGGAAUUUGAUCGAACAGUUUCUAGUGGACGUGCCUUCAAUCACCGAUCUCUUAGCUGAAAAUGUCAUUCCGAAACUCCGAACAUUGACCCGGAAUGUAUAAUUUUUCAACACUUACCGUGGUCCAGACGUCCCUGCAGCCCUUAGUUCGGUAUAUAUUAGGGU